CUCUCUCUCUCUCUCUCUCUCUCUCUCUACCCCUCACAGAUCAUCCUCUCACUGGCGGCGCCUCCCUUUCGAGUACGUUCCCGCGCCUCCUUUCCUAUGUAGCAUCAGAUCAUUCCCUUUGAUGGAUUCGCGGGGUUCAGGUACUUUUUAGAUCCUUUUCCCCUCUAAGUUCUUGUGCGAACUCCAAUUUUGAGCUGAGGAGUUGCUCAAUCGCCUGUUUGAAACUAGGUUGUUUGUUUUCCCCAAAUUUCUUGGCUUUUUGCCGUUCAUGGCUGUUUCGAGGUGCAAAUCGUUGGAUCUGGCCGGUUUUAGGGCGAUUUCGAAGGGGCUAUGAAGGGUUUCUGGUAGAUUGAUUCAAAUUUGGUUGCUGUUUGGUGAAAAAUCGGAUCUUGGAACCUUCUGGAAGCUCCUUUCCAUUUUUUUCCCCCACCCUCGAUGUUUCCUUACAAACCCUAAUUGAGGAAUUAUGGUGAGGGAGCUCCGUCUCGAGUCGUUCUACUCACGGCUACGCGACGCUGCCUCCGCCUCGUCUUCUUCCCCUCUCCUAAUUUUUCCGUCAGCCUCGGAUGCCGAUUCGCUCUGUGCCCUAAAGAUCCUGACCCACGUCCUCUCUUCCGAUUCCAUCCGCUACUCUGUGUAUCCUGUAUCUUCGUUCACCGAGAUCGACAAACUCAUUAGCCUCAAUCUCCGCUCAUCUGAUCAGACCCUCUCUCUCCUGCUCCUUAAUUGGGGUUGCCACCGCGACCUUCGUAGGUUACUAAAUCUCGGCUCUGAAACCCGCGUCUUUGUGAUCGAUAGCCACCGACCCAUUCACUUGCACAACCUCAGCGAAAAUAACAACCGGGUUGUUGUUCUCUAUACACAAGAAGAUGAGCACCAGGCCGAUCUGGCGUAUGACUUUGAUGUGUCGGCAUUAGCUAAUGCAUCCGAUCUUAAUAGUGAUGAUGAGUUUGAUGAGAAUAGUGACAGCGAUGAAGAGAGUGAUACUGAGAAUGAUGAGGAGGAUGGCAAUGGUGGACGAAAUAGCAAGCGGCGAAGGUUGUCCAGUGAAUCUGAAACAGACCCAGUUAAGCUUUUCGGGAAGUUGAAAGCUGAGUAUUACAAGUUGGGCACUUUCCACGGAAGGCCUUCGGGUUGCAUAUUGUUUGAGUUGGCUCAUUUGUUAAGGAAGAACACUAAUGAGUUGCUUUGGCUAGCUUGUGUCUCUCUUACUGAUCAGUUUGUUCACGAAAGGCUGACGAAUGAGAGGUAUCAAGCCGGGGUGAUGGAACUCGAACAACAUAUAAACAGUUCUGGUAAUUUGGAUAUGGUUAGUUCAGUCACACUAAAAGAUGGUACUAAGAUUCAGGCUCCUGAGAACUCUCGUAUAGCCUACGAAGAUGAACCGAGGCUUAUGCUAUUGAGGGAGUGGAAUUUAUUUGAUUCAAUGCUUUGUUCCUCCUAUAUAGCUACCAAGCUCAAGACUUGGAGCGACAAUGGGCUGAAAAAGCUGAAGCUUUUGCUUGCCAGGAUGGGCUUUCCCCUUGUGGACUGCCAGAAGAAGUUCCAGUACAUGAGCAUGGAAGUUAAGCAGAAAAUGAAAGACGAGUUCGAACGGUUCUUACCAGAGUAUGGACUCACUGAGUUCUAUUACAGAAGCUUUUUGAGAAUACAUGGUUAUUGCUCGAAAGUAUCAGCCGCAGAUGUAGUGUAUGGAGUCACAGCAUUGCUUGAAUCUUCUGCAGAACCAAAAGAAUCAUCUGCCGCUGAGCAGUUUUGGGUAGCUUACUCUGCUUUGUCGUUGAAUAAUGUUGAUCAACUAAGGAAAGGGAUGCAGUGUGCAAUUGAUAUACAGAGAGCUAUUCUUAGGCAAGGGAGCUCUGCAGUUACUAAGACUGGGUUUAUAAGAAGUGGGAGAAAAUUUCGGUGGGUGAAGCUUGAAGACCCAGUUGACACAAAAAAAUUAGGUCAUCCGCAAGCCCUUACAAAGUUUUGUUUCUUCUUAAUGGAUGCUUUGAAAGAGAGAGGUGCGAAAAUGAAGCCGCUGAUUUGUGCCUGCUUGGCUAAGGAGCCAGAGAAAGUUCUUAUUGUUGGAGUGUGCGGGAAGCCGCGUCUUGGGGCCAUAGAAGGUAACUCGUUUGGUCUUGCUUUUAAAACUGCAGCGGAGGAAAUCGGUGCGGAUUAUUUUCAUGAAUUGUUUGAGUCUUCUUGGAUAGUUUUGGAUACUGUGGCUGUUAGUUCUUUCAUGAUCAGGUUGACUGAAAAGCUUUGAUCUGACAUCCAUGAACACUGUUGAAGAGAGCAGCACAAGGAGCCUCAUUGAAAUUGCCACCCACAUAUCCCUCAAAAGCCUUAAAUUGGACAGCAACCGGACCGAUCGAAGGGACUCGGUCUGUGGGGGUCCAUCUUAAUCGGCAAAAAUUAAACUCCAGUUGUUUCUUUCUUGUUGCUUUUAAUUUAUUUUUGCACUUAACUGUUUUGGCCCACCAAUAAUUUGCCCAAAUAAAUGGAGUUUCUACUGCAUAUCUUAUCUCUGAUGCAUCUGUCGGAAUCUUAUGAGCAUACAUAUGUAUGUACCAUGCAUAACUGAACUGAGGUAG